AUGCCUAGGCCUCAACCACACACUGACCCAAUCCAAACCGCCAUUUCAGCAUGGCUCACCUCUCUUAACCCUCCAGUGAACGAAGAUUCUACGGCCUGGAAAAUGAGUCUAGGAGAACAUGCACCCAAGAGGUUCACUAUAUACGAACCCAUGGCGCUUUUACCCGCCGGCAGCUUCACCAGUGCCUCGUGGACCACCGAGCUCCAACGACACAACGGAGCGACCACCGACUUCCUCUGGGAGUUAAUUCUGGAAGAACUCUCCAAGACCGGCAAGUCAGACUUGCGAUUGACACACUUAGCGGUCAACGAAGGCAUCCCGCUACAAAGUCAAGAAAGAAAAGAGGAAAACAUCAUUCGCAGUCCGAGUGGCUUGCGAAUUUUAUACGGUGAUUUCGGCCCCGGUGCCCCAAGCAGCAUCUCUCCUUCCAACGAAGAUUUCGAAAAGGCCUUUUGGGUAUCUACCAAACAAAAUGGGAUAUAUCAAACGUGGGCGCCCCGUUGGACAAUGUUCAGCAGAGGCAACGUCAAAGAAAAAGCCCGCCUGCUCCAAUUUCCAGCGGUGCCUAAGAAGAGAAAGGACGGCGGUCAGUCACAAGAUACAUGGGCGGUAGACUUAUACGCCGGCAUCGGAUACUUUGCAUUCUGCUACGCGAAACUGGGGUUCAGGGUGCUCUGCUGGGAACUUAACCCGUGGAGCGUGGAGGCUCUUCGUCGUGGAGCACACUUGAAUAAGUGGAGUGUCGAGGUUAUCGAGGGGGAGAAGCUGAAGCAAUCUACAGAGGAGAUUAUGAACAGUACGGCUUCGAUCGUGGUGUUUUCGGAGAGUAAUGAAAAUGCGCGCUGGAGAGCUGAGAGCAUGAAGCAGGAGGGGCAAUGGCUGCACGACGUGAGGCACGUCAAUUGCGGAUUGUUGCCUACGAGUAGAUUGACGUGGGAUGUCUCACUAUUUUUGACAAGGAAUGCGACCAUUCGUGGGGGGGAGGCGUGGCUGCAUCUUCAUGAGAAUGUGGGCGAUGCUGAGAUUGAUUCCAGAAAAGACGAGAUACAGACUCUGUUGAGGGAGAAUCAGGAUGACAAGAGUUUGACGAGAGCGAUUACGGUGGAAAGGGUAGAAAAGGUCAAGACAUACGCGCCUGGCGUAUGGCAUUGUGUGUUUGAUGUGCGUAUUGUUACAAAAUCUUCAUGA